AUGGCCUCAGACAUGGAAAUGGAGUUCACCGAGGACCACCAGCUGACAGAAGUGAUGCGCCUACGGGUUCAAUCCCUUCAGCAGCGUGGCCAAAAGAGACAGGACGGCGAGCGACUGCUCCUCCCUCACGAGGCAGUGUACCGUCUGGACUUCACCGACCAGGACCUGACCUUUUCACACUGGGACGUGAGCCUGGUCGGGCCGGGCCGCCUUUCCGUCACAGGCAUCUCCCAGCUCUGGACUCCCGACCUGACCAACCUGAUGACGCGCCAGCUCCUAGAGCCAACCGGCCAGUUCUGGAGGUCGGCUGGCGACCCAGAGGACGCGCCUAUCAAGUGCCUGGAGGCCGACAUUCAGGAGUUCGGGGAGAGAAUCGCAGAGCUGGCCAAGGUCAGGAAGGUCAUGUAUUUUCUGUUUGCCUUCAAGGAGGGAGUGGACAAGGUCAGCGUCAAGUGCUCGGUGGUGUUUAAAAGGAACGAGGCAUCCUGA